GAAAUAAAAUGAAAAGAUGCUGCAAUGCUUAGGCCAUCUCCUACCUGCUUAUUCAUGAUGGCAGAACACGCAGUAUUUUUGUUUCUUUUAUUCCCCUAGGUACGUGUGCUCAGACCUGCAGGAGUCCAGAGGACUCGGAGGGACCUCCUCUCCCAGCUCCCUUCUGCUGACACGCCGUCUCCAUAGGCAACUACAGAGAAGAGACCAAACAUCCUGCAUCCACACCCGCAAACACCGACUUGGGUUUGGAUGCAGGGAAGAUAUCAGGAAGCUCAGUGAGCUGGCAGUUGAAGCAGAGGCGUUGGUGUCGGGUGCUUCAGGUUCUAUUUUUGACUUGGACCAACCAUUUCUUUUCGAUUCAGCUUUCCAUCUGUGAGAUGGAAAAUAAGGCUGCUUGCGGGUGGAUCGUUCUGCUGAGGGCAGGGCUGUCAGCGGGUGAUGCUUUGUUGAAUUCUGCUUUGUUCUGCUCUGCUUUGCUGCCUGCAUCCCUGCUGUGCAUUCCUGGGCAGAGAAUGGUGAAGGGUCACAGCAUCCAAUGACAGAAUUGAUGUCAGGUGGGACUCUGCUCUGUUACGGCACGGCCUGGUGCCUUCUGCUGCAGCAUCUGAUGUGCAGUUUCAACUGCUGCCCUUUGGAUGAGCCAGGGUGUCUGCAGGGCCAGAGAUGUACACUGAAUGGAGCUGCAGCCCUUGUGUAAAGCACUUUCAUUACUGUCCAAGGCAUGGAUUUGAGUUUGGAGACAGGCACAUGUGGUGGAGUCACCAGACCUGGAGGUGUUCAAGAACAGUGGAGGUGUGAUACUGAUGUCUAGUGGGGAUGGUGGGGCUGAGCUGAUGGUUGGAUGAGGUGAUCUUAGUGGUUCUUUCCAGCCCUGAUAAUCCUGUAACUCCAUGGCCCAGCACCGUGUGCUUCCAUCUGAUGUCCCCAGCUCUGGGAUUAGCAGCAGACAGGUGGUGAAGGCCAAGUGAAAGCCAUCAGCUCAGCCCUUCCUGCCUGCCUCUGGGUGAAGGAGCUCCCACAGGUGCCUUCAUUUCACUGCAUUCUCCAGACCCCAGCAAUUAGAGGCUUCCUCCUUUUUCUCCAGGAAGUACCUCCAACUCCUCUUGUUCCUCUUGCACCAGUCACAGCUGCCAAAACACGACUUAAGGGAGCCUCUCCGUUCCAGAGCCCCAACCCAGAGCCGCAUCUGCGCCGAGCAGAAGGUCUGUGGCGAUGGAACCCAACAUCGAGGAGCCUGAGUGCUGACAGCAGGACAGCACUUGGAGACGCUGGUAGCACCAACCUGAGAUACAGAGGCAGCAACCAUGCUGAAGCCAAGUGGACUUAAAAUCCCUGGCAGGGCAGGGAAGCACUCCAGCCCAGUGGGACGAGCAUCAGGGACAGCAGCAGCGACCGUCACCACUGGUACAAAGGAAGGCUCGCCUCUUCACAAGCAAAGUGCCACCUCCACCUCCAGCGCCGAGAAGUCGGGAUCGAAGGCUGCCGAGGUGGGCGAUGACUUCCUGGGAGACUUUGUGGUAGGCGAACGGGUCUGGGUGAACGGAGUGAAGCCAGGAGUCAUCCAGUACCUUGGGGAAACACAAUUUGCUCCGGGCCAGUGGGCGGGAGUCGUGCUGGAUGAUCCCGUGGGUAAGAACGAUGGCUCUGUCGGAGGCGUGCGCUACUUCGAGUGCCAACCGCUGCAGGGGAUUUUCACACGACCUUCCAAGCUGACGCGGCAGCCCGUGGCCGAGGGCUCAGGAAGCGACGUCCCCUCCGUGGAUUCGCUUACGGCUCAGAACUUGUCCCUGCAUUCGGGGACGGCCACACCGCCGCUCUCCACUCGCGUCAUCCCAUUGAGGGAGAGCGUCCUCAACAGCGCCAUGAAGACGGGCAACGAGUCGGGAUCCAACCUGUCGGACAGCGGGUCUGUGAAGAAAGGGGAGAAGGACCUGCGGCUCGGGGACCGCGUGCUGGUUGGUGGGACGAAGACAGGAGUUGUGCGCUACGUGGGAGAGACAGAUUUUGCCAAAGGAGAGUGGUGUGGAGUGGAGCUGGAUGAGCCCCUGGGGAAGAACGAUGGGGCUGUGGCUGGGACAAGAUAUUUUCAGUGCCCUCCCAAGUUCGGCCUCUUUGCUCCCAUCCACAAGGUGAUUCGGAUUGGGUUUCCAUCAACCAGCCCUGCCAAGGCAAAGAAGAGCAAGCGGAUGGCCAUGGGAGUGUCUGCCCUAACCCACAGCCCCAGCAGCUCCUCCAUCAGCUCCGUCAGCUCAGUGGCUUCGUCUGUUGGGGGCAGGCCCAGCCGCAGUGGGCUGCUGACUGAGACCUCCUCUCGUUAUGCCCGUAAAAUCUCUGGCACCACGGCUCUGCAGGAGGCUCUGAAGGAGAAGCAGCAGCACAUCGAGCAGCUGCUGGCAGAGCGCGACCUGGAGCGGGCCGAGGUGGCCAAGGCCACCAGUCACAUCUGUGAGGUGGAGAAGGAGAUCGCCAUCAUGAAGGCCCAACACGAGCAGUAUGUCACAGAGGCAGAGGGGAAUCUCCAGCGAGCACGAGCACUGGUGGAUGGGAUGCAGAAGGAGAAGAUUGAACUGCUAAACCAACUGGAAGAGGAGAAGAGGAAAGUGGAGGACUUGCAGUUCCGUGUGGAAGAAGAAUCCAUUACCAAGGGGGAUUUGGAGCUAACCACGGUGGCGGAGCAGUCCCGCAUCCUGCAGCUGGAGGAGGAGCUGAGCCUGCGGCGCAGCGAGGUGGAUGAGCUGCGGCAGUGCUUGCGGAGCUCGCACCAGGCUGAGACCCCCGAGCACAGCCUUGGCUUGCAAUCUGAGGCACUUCGUCUGCGGGAUCAGCUGCUGUCUGCCAACAAGGAGCACCAGAAGGAGAGCAGCCAGCUGAAGGAGAAGUAUGAGAAGACGUUAAAGAAGUACCAGCAGGAGAUGGAGAAGCUGAAAGCCGUCAAUGAGAAGUAUUCGCAAGAAAUUGUUGACUUAAAGCAUAAGGUUCAGCAGGCCACCAAUGAGAACAUGGGGCUGAUGGACAACUGGAAGUCCAAACUGGACACGUUAGCUUCUGACCACCAGAAGUCUCUGGAGGACCUCAAAGCCACGUUGAACACAGGCCCUGACACCCAGCACAAGGAGAUUGUGGAGCUGAAGGCGGUGGUGGAGAGCAUCAAGAUGGAGCACCAGCUUGAGCUGGAGAACCUGAAGGCAAAGCACGACAUCGAGACGGCUGUUCACAUAAAGGAGAAAGAGAGCCUCAAGCUGAAGCUGCAGGAGGCUGUGGAUGAAGUGGAAAAAAGUAACAGCAACUGGAAAAUGCAGCUGGAAACCAAAAGCAAUCAGCACCUGCUCGAGCUCCAAGAUGUGAAGGACAAGUGUCGGGAUGCUGAGCUGAGGGUGCAUGAACUGGAGAAACUUCACAGCGAAUACAAAGAUCAGACACAAGCAAUAGCUUUCUUGAAAGAGCAGAUUUCUUUAGCUGAGAAGAAGAUGUUGGACUAUGAAACGCUACAGAAAACAGAAGCCCAGAGCAAACAGGAGAUCCACAGAUUGCAGGAAAAAGUGCUUGUCUUAGAGAACAAGCUGCAGUCCAUGGAAGCCUUGCAUCCUUCUCAGCAUGCAAACAUGAUUGAUACUAAUGAUAUUUCAGAAGAGAAGAUAAGGAUGAAGCAGACCAUGGAAGACCUUCAAGACAAACUGAGUAAAAGAGACAAGGAGGUGUCAUCGCUGGUGUCCCAGACUGAAGCCCUAAGGGCCCAAGUAAGUGCUUUGGAAAACAAAUGCAAAACCGCAGAAAAGAAGGCAGAUUCAGUGUUAAAAGAAAAGAAGAGGCUGGAAGGGGAGCUGGAAGCUUUGACCAGGAAAACACACGAUGCUUCGGGGCAGUUGGUCCUGAUCAGCCAGGAGCUCCUCAAGAAGGAAAGGAGCCUGAAUGAGCUGAGAGCAUUGCUGCUGGAGGCAAACCGGCACUCACCUGGGCCUGAGCGUGACCUGAGCCGGGAGGUGCACAAGGCCGAGUGGCGGCUGAAGGAACAGAAGCUCAAAGAUGACAUCAAAGGGCUGCGAGAGAAGCUGGUUGUGCUGGACAAGGAGAAGUCAGUGACGGACCAGAGGCGGUUCUCUCUGAUCGACCCCUCGUCGGAGUCGGAGGUGAUCCGGCUGCAGCACCGCCUGGUCAGCACCGAGGAUGUGCUGCGCAACGCCCUGGAGCAGGGCCACCAGAUGGAGAAGCUCAUGGAAGCCAUGAGGCUUUCCUCGGAGAAAACACAGCCUGUUGGAAAUUCUGGGUCUGCUAAUGGGAUUCACCAGCAGGAUAAAUCCCACAAGCAAGAGGAGAAGCUCUGAUAGAGAAGAGGUGAAGAUGAUCAUUUCAUGCCGGUAUCAGCUCCUGUGCACAGUCAGGAAAAACAAUAUCACAUCUGGCUUUAGCACCUCCAAAAGACUAGACACAGUAUUUUCACUUUAAAGAAGGACAAUGUUUAUAGUGUACUAACAGAUGGAAUCGGGACAAUCCUGGAGCCCAGUUUUCCAAGAUAGCUGUUGUUCCAGGAGGGAGCAGGAAGAUCUCUCUGGGUUUGGUUUCUUACCUGUAUCGGUUUGGACUGUGGAAUUUGUGUUGCUUGAGCUGCCCUUGUCCUACCAGCAGUCUGAAUGAUGGCUGCACCCUAUGGUAGCUGAGGUGUCAGUGAGUCCCAGUAGCCCCACAGGAGCUGCAAAGGGAUUUGCUCAUGGUGUUGAACGCUGAAGCAUGUCCUGAGGCUGCACGCUGCCCACAUGGUCUGUCCCUUCCCUCCCAUUCACCCCAAAGACCUGCACAGUGCAACCUGCUGGGCUGCUGGCUCACUGGGACACUGAGUAGGCUGAGGGAAAUUGGGUGUGCGUGUUUCCUUCCCUGCCUUGUAGAAGACAUAUCUGAUUCUGCAGCGUGGAGGCUUCACUUGGUACUUGCAUCAUAGCGUGUCAUGCGAGAUGGUCUGAUUUCAGAGGGGUUAUUUAUUUUGUUUCUCACCCGCUGCAGUUUGGGGAAGGAGUGGUGGUGUGUCCCUGCAGAGCGCCAGGCAGGGCAGCUCUUCUGAUCCAUUGCAUCUGUAUGGGGGUGGGGGGGUUCAGAGCACCAGACCCAGACAGCAGCUCACCGCUGGGAGCACUCAUGCAGUAGGGGCUGUCUGCAUUUGAUGGCUACAGAAAUCCUGUGUGUGACACGAACACAAGCAAUUGGAGCAGAAGGAAUCCAAGGCGAGAGCCCACACGGCUCUCUGUCUGUCUGUGCACAGCAGUGCAGGCUCAGGCAAGCACCCAAAUUUGCAUCUGGAAUCCUGAGUGCUCAGAGCAGCAGGUGGGUGCUGCUGUGUCCUGCUAUGGCUGUGGUGCUGGCAGGCGAAGGAAGCACGCAGUUUGCUUGGUUGAUUGUUCCUUCUGUUGGAGGCUUUGCUCCUCUCUCCAUCUUUGCGCCAGAGCUCCCAGGGACAUCAGGAUGUGUGCAGUAAGGGGAGAAUGUGCUCUUAAAGCUGUGAGGCAGCACCCCAUGAAAGUCCAGUUCAGAUUCACUGUUGGGUGCUACAGUGAAAACAGGAGAAAUAACAGCAGUCUCUUACCGGGCUUCCCCUGCUUGCCUGAAUCCUCCAGUUCUCAGAAGUUCUCCUGGUACAAUGGGGCUCCUGUGAAAGAGGACAAGACAGAAAAGGGCACUGGGAGAGAUCUGAGCCAGGCUAUGAGCAGAUGAAUGUCACUGCAUGUCAACUUUUUGCCCUCAUUUCCUCUGAAAUUGUGCAAUUUUUGUUAGCGGGUUGCCAGAUUGAUGUCAUGCUGGACCUCGCUCGCUGGUUGCAGGGUUGAUGAGUUCUCCUUCUGUUCAAAGGGAGCAGGAGAGGAGGAGGUGACUUCAGGGAGUGCAGCAGGUCAGCAAACCCAGCUACGUCUGGCUUAAGGAAGGAUGUGGGAUCCAUUGGCUGGAAAUGAUGCUGAUGGGAUCCCAUCCUGCCUGCUGGAAGCGUUUAAUCAGUUCUUACCACCUGGAAGAUUGCCACCAACCUGCCUAGCACUGGGACUUUCCAGGGAACCAAAAUCCUGGUUGGUGUAUUCUGUUGCUCAGGAAAAUCCCGGGGACAGCAUUCCUUGUUCCAGCUUGCAGCAACCAACACCUCAGUGCUGUUCCUGAGAAUUCAGGGUUGGUGUUCCCCAAAGUUCUCCUGAAGUCCCUGCAGCAGCUCCUGGUGCAGUUGGGCGAGCUCCAUUCUUUUGUUACUUAUAUUUUCCAUGAUGGGUUUUUUAGUGACUGCCUCUAUAGGUGAAAGAGUGUUUGAGUUUUCCUCUUCCCUCUUUGAACUCUUGCUCUGUGCAAGGCAGGAUCUCCCAGGAGUGGUUAUGGGGAGCACACUGCAUUAAUUCAUUGCUGCUACAGCUUCUCCAAGGCAGCAGCAGCAGGUGGGGCAGAGGUGGCCUGAAGUGAAUGCUGCUGGUCUUCCCUGGCUGUAUGUAGCUGUGCUGCUCCAUGCAGCCAAAGCAGGAGGUGGGGGCUCUCCUGGCCAUGCUGACAUGGGCAGCAGGGUGUAACUUGGUCCUUGUGUGCAGGGCUGUGGGAGCUGCUCGCUGGGCACAGGACGUGCUGUCACACAUCUGGGUUCCACCUCAGCACUGAGAUGUGGCUGGGGCUGAGGUGGGACCUCUGCUGGGACCCCCAGGGGCAGGCAGACCCCAAACCAGGGACACGCUGGGAAAAGGGCAAGGAGGAUGUUCCCCAGCCCCUCUAUUUAUUUGUAAGUUUAAUUGCUAUUUUUGCCUAUAUGUGGUGGUGUAUAAAGUAUUUCACAAUAUUCGGUCUUACUGGCUUCGUUCUUUGGGGGAGAUGUCCAAGGGCAUCGCAGCACGGAUGCACCCAUCCCUUGUUGGUGGCCAGGGACCAGCCCUGUUUGUGCCUUUAUUCCAUCUCCAGCCCCGAGGGCGGUGCGGGGGCUGCGUCCCACCUCGCUCCCACCCUGCUGAGUGAUGGGCUUCUGCUGAAGGCUGAGACAUUGUCAGGUACACCACAUCUGUUUGGUGAUUCCUUCUCUCUAACCCUCUUGACCAAAGGGAAAAAAAAAUGGCUAAAUCAGUGUUGGGUGAGUUCAGCUUUAUCCUUCCUGCAGUCCCCGAGCUGAGGGAUGGGUGCUGAGGCUCUGUGCCGUUGCCUCCCCCCCUCUGCCUUGCAGUAGAGAAUGCAUGAGGGUUUUGUUAUAACAAAAAGAUGCAAAUGACACUGUAGAAGUCUUAACAGAAAUUCCAGUACUCCGUUGUUCUGCAGCUUUAGCAGCUCAGCACUACCUUGUAGGGAAUGAUUAAUACACUAAGAUCCUAUAGGCCUCAUGUAAGUUACCAGAAUAAAGAUGUUACUAGAUGUAUAAAUGGAUGAUAACCUUUUACCCGUACAGUAUGUAUGACAAUUUUGUAGAUUAGUCAUUUUUUGGCUAUCAGAUUUUGUUAGUAUGAUAUAUAUAAAAAAAAAAAAAAAAAAAAAGGUUUGACUGCUAAUGUCUAUUUUGUUAUUUGAUUCAUUUUAUUUCUUCUGUACAAAAGCUGUACAAAUCUCAGUCUGUGUAACUCCUCCCCAUCUGUAUCCAUGUACAACCCCCCCCCCCUCCUGGCUUGCUGCUGUUGGUGAGCUCAUUACUAAACAAUAAAAUCUGUGGCUGACUUUGGGCCCUAGUGCUGCUGUCCUCCCCAACAGCCCAAGGCCCCUGAGGCUUUGUUUUUUCCCAGUGUCCUUACUCUGGGUGUGGAGUGUUGGGGUCUCCCUUAAGAGUUGGAUUUGGGCUGCAGGGUCCCUUGGUCACCACAUUGCUUGUUUGCUCAGGGACCGAUAGCAUCCAGCAACUGUUGGCUUUGCUGGCUCCCAGUGCUUGAAAGGAGAACAAUUCUGGGAUGUUGAGCCCUGUGAUGUGCUCAUUGCUUCUGUCACUGAGCAGAGAAGGCUCAGGGGAGAGCUGAUAGCAGCCUUUCAGUAUCUGAUGGGAGGAGGCUUUUUAGUGGGGUCUGCUGUGAACAGACAAGGAGAAAUGGUUUCAAACUAAAAGAGAGCAGAUUCCGACUGAAUAUAAGAAAAAGGGUCAUGAACCUGGAACAGGUUGCCCAGAGAUUGAUGUUGGGGUGGUUGUUGCAGUGGAUGCCCCAACCUUGGAGACGUGUGAGGUUUUAAGGUCAGCCUGCUCAUUGCAGGGAGGUUGGGCUGGAUGGCUGAAACAAAUCCUUCAGUGAUUCUAUAAAAUCAUUUACAGGAUGAUGGGGAUGGAGCCAAAGCCUUGUCCCUCUCUGGGUGUCCAUCUGGGUGCCUCUGUCAGGAUGGCACCCUAAACCUGGCUGUGUUUACCAUGCAUUUUGCCUUUAGGGGCUGCUGCUCUUAGCACUACUCAGGGCACCCAGGCCCUGCCUCAGGGCUUUGCUUUCUUGUAGCUCUGCUGUGCAGUUCAUCAGCUGCAAUCAGGUGCCCAAACCCCUGCUAUCUCCCAGAGAUAACACUGCAGCGUGCGCCUUUGUUUGCAGACACAACAUUUCAGUGCCGUUAAUCGUUCAGCGAAGAUUAAUAAAACAUGAAGUUUAAAGAUGCCUAAAUCACAGUGGGGGAGCUGGUAAUCUCUGCCAACAAUAAUAUUUGCACUUUAUUUUCCUCUUCCCGUGGAGCCAAGGAGCGGAGCACCACCAGCGCACAGCAGGAUGGGGAUGUGGGUUCAGCUAUGGGCUGGGAGGGGGAAAAGAAAGAGUUGGUGACCCCUAUAUGGGGACACAUGGAGAGGACUUCUCUAUGUGGAUGCAGCCGUGGGGUACAUCCCUAUGAGUUGUCUCCUUGAGAAGGGAUGGAUGUAAGAAGGGCACCCAUGGACCAUCCACGGUGUAAUUCUGCAUCUGCGUGCUGUCUCGGUGCUGAAUGGCACCAGAAACAAACUUUUUUUCCAUCACAAGGGUGUAUCUUCCCCACCUCUCUCCUGUCUAACAAGCAUCCCUGUCAAAAUAGCUUAUUUCCUUCCAGAACAAAAAGUCACCUGAAUACAUUUGGAAGCUGUGUUGCACUAUCGGAGUAAUCAGAAUUUAAUUUGAUGCAGUCAAGGCUCUAAAAAGAUGUUAUCAAGGGGAACAUCAAAGCUGGAUUCCUGCACUUGGAAAUGCAGUUGGAAUGCUUAGUCCAGAUUUCUUGUUUUAUCAGAAGCUUUCA